UUUCUGGAUCGCCUGACAAAGUAUGAAGAUAUCUAACAUCAUGAUUCUGUUUAGAACAAAACGCUUUUCUUUUCAGAACAUUGAAUAAUUAAGUAUUUAUAAAUUGAGUUGAAGAGAUUUGAAGUUUUCUGAAACAUUCAUGGACGAAUAUUCAAUAAAGUUAUUAUCGUGGAUCGGUAUAUCAUUAGUUACUACGUAUCGGAGUUAUUUGUCCAAACCACCUAUACUUAGAAAAGAAGAAGAUUGUCCUGAUUGUGAUGAUAUAAAACAAAAUAAAGGUUUGCUAUGUUUACCCGAACCGUCAAAAGAACAAAUAUCAAUGAAUUUGAUAAAACAAGACACAGAUAAUUUGAUGAAAUGGAUCAGAGGAGACGUCCAAAUAAUACAAAAAUUGAUGAAAGGAAACGACAAAAAAAUACCCGAAUGGACGAAAGGAGAAACAGACACAUUUCAUGAAUCCAUGAAGUUUCAAAUAGUAUCAUUUAACAGACAACCAUCGUUAUUAACGUACCAAAUUAUAGUUGUACAAAACUUAACAACCGAUCAAGAAACGUUAAUAAAAUGGGUUGAAGAAAACGACAAAUCGUGUACUGUGUGUAGCGAAGAAGACAAGAGAAUAUUGACAGAAUGGAUAGGUGACAAUCAACAAACUAUAACGGAAUCGAUCAUGAAAAAAGUAAAAUCACAAAAAUACUGAACUCAGAGGAAAAUCAAUUUGGAAAGUCCAUAAUCACAUGGCAAAAUCAAAAAACAAAAAACAAAACGCAUCAAAAACGAAUGGACAAGAACUGUCAUAUUCCUGACUUGGUACAGGCAUUUUCAAAUGUAGAAAAUGGUGGAUUAAACCUGGUUCUAUAGCGCUAACCCUCUCAGACACCAUGAAAUUUUAUGAAUUGAUACAAGGACUCGACAACACAUUAGACGAAAAGACUGAACAAGAUUUAACAAUGGUAACCAACACGACAGGGCGAUCAUCCAUUAAUACGUACAGACAUUAUAAUAUCGUUUUAUCAAAAACAAGCAAUAAGAACACGAUGACUGAAAUUGGA